AUGGAUAAUAUUUGGCGCCAUUUGCGAACUUACUGCUUGAACAGCACAAUAGUCGGACUCAAGUACUUUUAUAUCUAUCCGGAUAAACUGUCAAGAUGUUUCUGGGCAGUAAACGUGAUUUCCAUGAUGGUCAUGUCAUAUUCUAUCACCUACUGUCUGUACAAUCGUUUUGAAGAAAUGCCGAUUAGAAUCGCCAUAGAGAACCAGUUCGAACCAAUGAGGAACCUUCCCUACCCUGCCAUCACUCUGUGUACCCCAAACCAGGUUACCAUAUCCUCCCUGGAGUAUUUAAAGAUCAGCCUGACUAAGGGUAACACAACGAAUUUGGAAUCAUAUCUACCGCUAGUUUUAGGCUUCUACGAAUAUGUUGAUAUCACGGACCAGACACGUGACAACUUGAAAAUUUUCCAGGAUUUAUUAGACCAGAAUAAAUUCUCCGUUCCAGAGCUGCUGGGUCGUGUGCCUCAACAGUGUGUUAAGUUCCUGAAGCGCUGUUACUUAGAACGCAAGGUGUACAACUGUACAGACCUCUUCAAACCGAUCCUGACCGCGCGCGGGUACUGCUGUACCUUUAACAAUAACUAUAUGUUUAAUCGCAAGAUGAAUACCAAAUAUCGGAACUUCAUCAACCGCACAGUGAAAGCCACGGGAAUCUCUAACGCAUUGAUUGUGGUCACUGACUACGAUAUAGAAGACUCCAUGACUGACACACUACUGAACGCUGGAGCAGUCCCGGUGAUGUACACAGACUGGACGGAGUUUCCAUCCGACGACGAAUUGUCCUACAUCGAGAGUUACGGCGAGUCAUUCCAUACCAUCACAGCUACUUACACGUACUGCUCUGAUGAGGUCAAAUCGCUGCCUGUGAGGAGGUAG